AUGGGAACAUCAGCCACAAGGAUUCAGUAUUUAAGGAGGAACUUACUGGGGAGAAAAAGGGAAGUUGUUACAAGAGUUAUAUCGACAGAGGACGAAGGGGACCAGAACGAAAUCAUAUCGAUUAUGAAGGAAGUGGAGACAGAUACGUCUAUCGCCCGGGAUGAAGUGAUAGAAAAAUGUCAAGCACUAUAUGAAGAAGCUCAGACAAUACCGGAACUGCAUAGGGAUGCACAUAAAAAGUUUCUAGAUGCAUCUUUUACCAAUGACCUCCCACCUCAAAUGGCUGCACUAGAUGCAUCUCAGCCAUGGUUGUUAUACUGGACUGCGAACUCUUUACGGGUGCUGAAUGAGAAAUAUUUAACAAAGGAAUAUCAAUUUCGUAUUUGUGAGAAGCUAUUUGCCAUUUCACCAACCGGCGGGCCCUUUGGUGGAGGUGUGGGACAAUUGCCUCAUCUUGCUAGCACAUACGCUGCUAUUAAUGCGCUGGCUCUAUGUGAAAAUGGAGAGGACUAUUGGGACAUGGUUGAUGAGAAAGCCAUUUAUGACUGGCUAAUUUCCUUGAAGCAAGAAAAUGGUGGUUUCAAGACAUGCCUCGGGGUGGGAGAAGUAGACACUAGAGGUGUUUAUUGUGCUCUCAGUGUAGCAUCUAUGCUUGGUAUCAUGACCGAUGAGUUGACUGAGGGGGUAGUAGAUUUCCUGGUGGAUUGUCAAAGUUCUGAAGGUGGUUUUGGGGGUUGUCCUCAUGAGGAUGAGGCCCACGGUGGUUAUACGUUUUGUGCGGUUGCAAGUUUGCACAUUUUAGAUGCUAUCGAUCGAAUCAAUAUCCCCAACCUUGCUAAAUGGUGUAGCCAAAGGCAAUUGGACCCUGAACGUGGAUUGUCGGGAAGAAGUAACAAAUUAGUCGAUGGUUGCUACAGUUUCUGGGUUGGCGGUACAGCGGCCGUAAUGGAGCUUUAUGGAUUGGAUCAUCUCAUCAACAAGUCAUCUUUGAGAGAUUACAUCCUGUACUGCUGUCAAAACGGUUCGCGACCAGGAUUAAGAGACAAACCAGGUACACAUCCAGACUUGUACCACACAAACUAUAUUUUGCUUGGAUUAGCACUCUGCGAGAAUUCUUUCAACCUAUCAGAUAAUGGAAAGGCAGUACAGUGCAAGCCACUGCCAGUCACCGCUCCAUCGCACCUUUCUAGCAUCAAUCCAAUUUACGGGCUUCCAACGAAGAACGUCCAAAAGUUCAUUAGUCAUUUUGUAUAA